AUGCGGACGGCCCUGGAGCUGCAUCUGGCCACGCCAGGAGCAGCAGUAGAAGCAGUAGCAGCAGCAGUAACAGCAGUAGCAGCACGGGCAGGGCAGUGCUCACCAGUGGUGGGAAGGGCAGGCGGGCGGCUCCUGCAGUGGCAGCUGCUCCAGGGGCGGCUGCUCCAGUGGCCAGGGGCGGCUGCUGCAGGGGCGACUGCUCCAGGGGCGAGGGGCGGCUCCUGCAGUGGUGGCUGCUCCAGUGGCCAGGGGCGGCUGCUGCAGGGGCGGCUGCUCCCGUGGCCAGGGGCGGCUGCUGCAGGGGCGGCUGCUCCAGGGGCCAGGGGCGGCUGCUCCAGAGGCCAGGCGCGGGUUAGGUCAGGGCGACUCAGCGGGCAGGGGCGACGCGCGGGCAGGGGCGACGCGGCGGGCAGGGCGACGCGGCGGACAGGGGCGACGCCGUGGGCAGGGCGACGCGGCGGACAGGUGGCGACGCCGCGGGCAGGGUGA